UUGUCUUGCUAUAAGUGUAUGCCUGAUGGAACAGGGCCAUGCAAAGACACAAAAAUGGACUGUCCUCCUACUACUCAGUGUGGUAAUGUGAGGGUGGCCACCUUUGCCGGUGGACAGGCGGUCUCAGAUAUGACCAUGAAGAGUUGUGUUGUGCCUCAACAAUGUAUGGUUGGUUCCUUUAAUGUGGGGAUGAUGAAAACAGUAAUCAACAGCAAAUGCUGCACAGAGGACAACUGCAAUAUCGGGACAGUUGAAGCAUCCACUGGUGGUCCCAAUGGAAAGGAAUGUCACACAUGCAUUGGGAGUGACUGUUCAAGCAAACUGAAAUGUGAGGGAGUGGAAGACCGCUGUCUAAUAGCAAAACUGGAUGGAGGUGGUGAGAAAAUGACAGUGAAGGGCUGUGCCUCUAAGAGCAUCUGCACUGGGCAGAUGAAGGAUCAGCUGGGCCAGGCCCUGGGGGAUAUGACAUGCUGUGAGGGAAACCUGUGCAACGGUGACAAGAGCAAGACCAGGAGUGGUACAAGUUCAGGAGAAGUUAACAGGAAUAGCAUAACAAUCAUGGUGUUGUCCAUAGCCUGCUUCCUCUUCUUACAUUAAGGUUGUUUGGUGAAUGUGUGUCUUCUCCUACAGCUCUCAGGGGUUUCUGCAUGUACACAAAUGCAAUUCAUCUUCAUAACAAUGUAAGACUACAGGGAAAAUAACACAAAACAUUAAA